AUGGAGGAUAACAGUAAUCAAAGCCCAGCCAAGGGUUGUAGAGUUUAUGUUGGAAAUUUGCCUUGGAAAGUGACAUGGCCAGUUUUGAAGACGCACAUGAAAAAAGCCGGAGAUGUCGUGAGGGUUGACAUUUUUGAGGACACACAGGGAAGAUCAAAGGGAUGUGGAAUUGUAGAGUAUGCAACGUAUGAAGAGGCGCAGGAGGCCAUAAACAGCUUAAACGAUUCCAAGUUGGAGGACCGACUCAUAUUCGUCAGAGAGGAUAGAGAAGAGAACUCGGGAAAUUACGAAAAGCGCAGAUUCAACGUGAGGAAGGACAAAUUCUACGACCCUAGAAGGAGACGAGAUUUUGACUACAGGAGGGACUACAGAAGAGACGACUUUAGAAGAGACUACCGUAGAGAUGAAUACAGAAGAGAUUUUCGAAGGGACUUUAGAAGAGACGAUUUUGGAAGAAGCGAGUUUAGAAUGUCCAGCAAAAGAAAUUGCACUCUCAUUGUUUACAACUUGCCACCACAAAGCACCUGGAAGGAAUUAAAAGAUUUGUUUAAGAAGCACGGUCGAGUUGUGAGGGCAGAUUUAAAAAAUGAGGAAACUGCAUCUAAGGAAGUUACUGGAACGGUCAUAAUGGAGAGUGAGUAUGACGCGAAAAACGCAAUUGAUGCACUCAACUUUUGCAACUUCGACGGGUACAUUUUGAAGGUCAACUUCGAGAACACCGAGUGA